AUGAUUACAGUGGAAGUUAAGAAGGAGAUCAUCAAGAAGUAUGAACGAGGUAUGCGAGUGGCUGAAAUUGCAAGAUUUUAUAAGAAGUCUACGUCGACCAUUUGUACAAUAUUAAAGAAGAAAGAAGAAAUAAGGGGGCUAGAUGCAGCAAAAGGAGUCACGAGAAUAUCAAAGCAACGGCCACGUGUUCUGGAAGAUGUAGAGAAGUUGCUUCUGGUUUGGAUAAACGAGAAGCAACUAGCAGGUGAUACUGUGACUGAGAAUUUUAUCUGUGAGAAGGCAAAGGCCUUGUACACUGACCUUGUAAGUAAACUGCCAGGUACGUCAACAGAAAAAGAAGAAGGCUUCAAGGCAAGCAGGGGAUGGUUUGAUAACUUUAAGAGGAGAAGUGGCAUCCGUAGUGUUGCGAAGCACGGAGAAGCUGCAAGUUUGGAUGCUAAGGCAGCUGAGGCAUUCGCUACUGAGUUCCAGAAGCUCAUGGUUUCUGAGUGUUACCUGCCAGAACAAGUUUUUAACUGCGACGAGACGAGCGGGGAUUUUAAAGUCAAGCCCCUGCUUGUGUAUCAUUCUGAGAAUCCACGAGCCUUCAAGAAAUGCAAGAUUCAGAAGAGCCAGUUAAACGUUAUGUGGCGGUCCAACAGCAAGGCUUGGGUCACUCGUAUGUUGUUCAUUGAGUGGAUCAACGAGGUCUUUGGUCCUGCAGUGAAGAAAUACCUUUUAGAAAAGAAUCUGCCACUCAAAGCCUUGCUGGUCAUGGAUAAUGCUCCUGCUCAUCCUCCAGGCUUUGAGGACGACUUACUGGAGGAAUUCGAGUUCAUUAAGGGCAAGUUCCUUCCUCCCAACACCACUCCAAUCCUCCAGCCCAUGGAUCAGCAGGUCAUUUCAAACUUUAAAAAGCUUUACAUCAAAGCACUAUUUCAGCAAUGCUUUGAGGUGACCAAAGGAACAAACCUUACUCUACGAGAGUUUUGGAAAAAUCAUUUCCACAUCGUGAACUGCCUCAAGAUCAUUGAUAAAGCCUGGGAUGGGGUCACCAAGAGAACCCUCUGUUCUGCUUGGAGAAAACUGUGGCCUGAUUGUGUUCUUGGACAUGACCUAGAGGGGCUUGCUCAUGAACAGGAGGCGCCAGUUGUCGAUGAAAUUGUGUCCUUGGGGAAGACCAUGGGCCUAGAGGUGAACGAGGAUGACAUCCAGGAGCUGGUGGAGGAACAUGGUCAGGAGCUGACCACCGAUGAACUGAUGGAUCUGCAUCGCGAGCAACAGCAAAAGGCUACACAGUUCAUCUGUGAGGUUUUUCAAAUUGUCACAAAUCUCCAAACUUUUCCGGAAAAUGACCCAGCCUUCUUGUUAGGGGAAGGGAAGAGGUUGGGGAUAGGGGAAGAGUGGAAGUAA